ACUUCUACUGUGGUCCGAUUCAUGCUGACAACGCUCAUGAGCAUCGUUUGUCUUCGUUUAACAUUUAACAAACAACAAGGAUGAAAUGAUUUUUAAGCGUUGUGAGCGUGAAUCGGACCGCGGUCCUAGAAAACAGAGAUGCGUUUUUGCGUCGGUUGGGUCAGACUACGCAUGCGUAUACGUAAAGAAACAUAACCACAAACGAACGAUGAUUGCAGACGACGCACACAUGCAAAAUGAAUCAGCGACGUAGAAUAAUAUUGACAUUUGGAUUAUUACUUUUAUUGUCAAGUGGCUGUGUAGCACAUUUAUUACUUCAAAAUAGUCAAAGAAGGAAAAGAAGGAGGUAUGCUGUUCGACCAAUGAAUAGAAAAAGAAAUGAAAACUGUCAUUUUUUUUCUUUAACUAAGGAUAUGCUCAAUCUUGAACACAAUUAUGAGCAGUUUUUUAAAUUUACACGGUGUUCUCCGAGCCAGUUCAAUGAGUUACUUCAAUUAGUGGGACAUAAAUUGCAGAAGGACACUCGAAGAAAUCCUUAUAUAUUGUCACCUUCACAUCGACUGAUAUUAACAUUGCACUACUUAGCUGAGGGCUGUACAAUGCAGGAAAUUGCAAGGAAUUUUCGUAUCGGAAAGACAACAUCAUAUGUCAUCAUUAAAGAAACAUAUAAAAUCUUAUGGGACGUUCUGCAGCCACGUGUAUUGAAACAUCCAAGUAUUGACGACUGGAAGAACAUUGCUCAUGAAUUUUAUCAUCGAUGGAAUAUGCCAAAUUGCUUGGAGCUGUUGAUGGUAAACACAUCAACAUUAUGGCUCCAAAACACUCUGGAACUGAAUUCUUCAACUAUAAGAAGUCUUUCAGCAUCGUAUUAAUGGCCAUGUGUGAUGCAUAUUAUCGCUUUACAUCAUUUGUUGACAUUGGAGCAGCUGGUUCUAAUCACGAUUCUGUCAUAUUCAAGGAAUCUGCGUUUGGUAAAGCAUUACAAGAUCGCACUUUGGAAAUUCCAGAACCAUGCAAUCUUCCUAAUUCAAAUAUUAAAUUUAAUCACUUUAUAGUAGCAGAUCAAGCAUUUCCCCUUGACAAGCGCAUUAUGCAACCAUACCCAGGCAAUAACUUAGGAGAAAAAAAAAACAUUUUUAAUUAUAGACUCUCCAGAGCGAGGCGAACUAUCGAAAAUGCGUUUGGCAUUUUAGUACAACAGUGGAGAAUUUUACGAAAGGAAAUAAUUGCCUCUGUAGAAACUUGCGAAGAAAUAGUUAUGGCAACAAUAAUUCUCCAUAAUUUUUUACAAAGAGGUGCAGAGGAUAUUCCACAACAUGAAAGAAGAUAUGUUGUAACGGGAGUUUCUGAAUAUAUAGAUGAAAAUGGAGUACUUUUGCACAAAGAUAUACCAUGUGAUUUACGUUCUAUUGGUCGAUUAGGAUCAAACAAUCCUUCAAAAACUGUCAAAGAGGCCCGAGAUGAAUUAGCUGAUUACUUCGUAAGCGUAGAAGGCGCCUUGCCUUGGCAAUGGGAAUAUGUUAGACAAGGAAAUGUACCAUAAAUUCAAUUUUUUGUUUUGAAAUGUAGAUUUGACUUGUGUUAUAAUUUGUGUGUGUAAAAU